AUCAAAUAUUUGAAGUAAAAAACAAACAAGUUUAUUACUUUAAUUUAUAAUGCAAAGCAGUUAUAUAUAAAAACGCGUUUUUUUCUCAUUUCAACAGAAAUUUGAUAGCAUUUUUCAUUCUAAUAAACAUGUUUUUCAAAGCAUUCUGCGUGUUUGCAUUAAUUUGCAUUACGUCUUGGGGUACUAAUGCCGUGGACAAAUGUGACGAAGCCGACAGAUUUUUCAAUUGUACCAAAGACGGUAGUUUUGACUGGGGUGGACUUACCUACAAGUGUCCGACUGAUAAAGUCUGUAAUUCUCAAUAUGUUCUCACCAAAGACGAUGGUCCAGCUGCUACAACCAAAUGCGAACCGUGUUUAGUACCAAGUGUUGCAUGCAGCAACCUUAAUUUUAAUUGCGUCGCUACAAAUACUUCUAAAUUCGAAUUGAAUGGUAUAGAAUUUGAAUGUCCCGAUGGAGCAAAAUGCAAUCAAAAUUUUGAACAUGGAUGCUUCCCAUGUUAUCGCGAAAAAUGUCCGAGUACAUGGAGGUGUCCUGGUCCAGCUGACGAAGAUGUUGAAACUGACUCAUUCAUAGGAAAGUGCUCAGGUGGAUCAGUUUGUAACAAAGACAGUGACUUCCCAUGCUACUGUGUUAAUAAAUCAGGGAAAAGAUCAGGCCGCCAACUUCUGAGAAUCAUUGAAACUUUUUAAUAUCUCGAUGUCAUCAUUUCGAAAAUGCUUUCAACAUGCGUAGACUGUUAUCAUUUAUUUAAUAUUCUAGAUUUAUCAGCACAAGUCCGCAUCUACCUGAAAAAUUUCAAUCGUAUUAUCAACUUGAAGUACGUGUGUGUAGAUUUGAAAGAAUGUUAUCAGAUGUUCAAAGUCAACUUGUUAAAUUUGUCAUGAAAUAUAUAAAAUACAAUUUAUUUGUGCUGUAAAUAAAAAACUUAUACAAAAA